CUUUCUAAGCAUCGGAGAAUCCAUUCAGGGGACAGGCCCUACAAAUGCAGUAAUUGUGGGAAAACCUUCACUCACAGAUCAGCCCUUUCUGUGCAUCAGAGAAUCCACACAGAUGAGAGGCCCUAUGAAUGCAAUGAGUGUGGGAAAAGCUUCACUCACAGAUCAGCCCUUUCUAGACAUCAGAGGAUCCACACAGAUGAGAGGCCCUAUGAAUGCUGUGAGUGUAGGAAAAGCUUCACUCACAGAUCAGCCCUUUCUAGACAUCAGAGGAUCCACACAGGUGAAACACCCUAUGAAUGCAGUGAGUGUGGGAAAACCUUCAAUAACAGCUCAAACCUGAUUACCCAUCAAAGAAUUCACACAGGGGAAAGGCCGUAUAAAUGUUGUGAGUGUGGGAAAACCUUCACUCGUAGAUCAGGCCUUUCUGUUCAUCAGAGAAUCCACACAGAUGAGAGGCCCUAUGAAUGCCGUGAGUGUGGGAAAAGCUUUAUUACUAGCUCAGGCCUUUCUAGACAUCAGAGGAUCCACACAGGGGACAGGCCCUAUGUAUGCAGUGAGUGUGGGAAAAUCUUCAAUCUCAGCUCAAACUUUAUUACCCAUCAAAGAAUUCACAUAGGGGAGAGGCUGUAUAAAUGCUGUGAGUGUGGAAAAUGCUUCAUUAAGAGUUCAGCCCUUUCUGAGCAUCAGAGAAUCCACACAGGGGAGAGGCGCUAUGAAUGCCGUGAGUGUGGGAAAAGCUUCACUGACGGAUCAGCCGUUUCUAGACAUCAGAGGAUCCACACAGGUGAAAGACACUAUGAAUGCAGUGAGUGUGGAAAAACCUUCAAUCGCAGCUCAAACCUUAUUACCCAUCAAAGAAUUCACACAGGGGAGAGGCCGUAUACAUGCUGUGAGUGUGGAAAAUGCUUCAUUAAGAGUUCAGCCCUUUCUGAGCAUCAGAGAAUCCACACAGGGGAGAGGCCAUAUGAAUGCUGUGAGUGUGGGAAAACCUUCUCUUGGCUCUCAGCCCAUGUUAGCCAUCAGAGAAUCUGCCACGGAGAUCAACAUUGUAAAAAUUUCUAGGGCUAUCAAGACUUUCUUUUCUUUAAUACUUCUCCUGAUUCCCACAUAGUAACUUUUAAAGCUCUUUGAACUCUUUGCAGCACCAUUAUCCCUCAGCUUGUCCAGAUGAGUGGUUCAUUUUUGCCUUUUGCAGUUCAUCCUCUUUUGAGAUGGACCUAAUUGUCCUUUCUAUUGUCCCACAAGUAAUUUGAGUGUGCCCUUCCUAUGAGGAACCAGGGAACGUCACAUUUGUACCAUUCCUCCUAUUGCAAAGUUACUGUUAAUCACCAAUGAUACAGACUGUAUCAUUGCCAGUUGUUCUCACGUUGCUCUGGGUUGUGCUGAAGAGCAGUUAUAUUGGGAAUUUUUCAAAUUAGAUGUAAAUGAAGAGGAGCAGGGGCAGGAAAAAAGUGUCAUUUCAGCUUCCAUGACACUGGAAGGAGAUGCGGUGACUCAAAGAUUCCCUCCUUCUCCUUCACUGCAGAACUGUUACCUUUUGCCUGGGCCAUGCAGAGUUUAUGUUCAUCACAUUCUAUCCAUCCACUUCGCAAAGUGUCAUGUGAUGAAGCAUUCUCUGUUGUCUGUGCUUGCAGAUGAUAUUUUUACUACUUUAAUCCUAUAUCAGAAUCGCUGUGACUGGAGAUGAGUGUCAAAAGUCCUGGGAGGGGAA